AAGUGCUCGCCUUGUCACCGAAGAUGGGUAUGUUGAGUGCAAGACACUUUCACUAAUCCAGCAAGGAUAGACGACGCGAAACAAAGAAGUCUUUCCUGAGACCGAGGCUAGCCCUGCUCUUCCUGUCUGCCAGUCGCAAGCUGCCCCGCCAUGGAUGUCGACUUGGACGAUGAUGCUCCCCCGGAGUUGGUGAGCAUGGGCGCAGAGGCCAUACCCCAAGGGGAUGGAGACGCUGCAAACUUCAAGGUCCCCAUCACAAUUGUUACUGGCUAUCUUGGUGCCGGCAAGACCACGUUGCUCAACUAUAUCUUGACGGCUCAACAUGGCAAGAAGAUUGCCGUCAUAAUGAACGAGUUUGGUGACUCUCUCGACAUCGAGAAGUCUCUGACCGUCAACAAGGGUGGUGAACAAGUUGAGGAGUGGCUAGAAGUUGGCAAUGGCUGCAUUUGCUGCUCUGUCAAAGACUCUGGAGUCAACGCAAUCGAAUCUUUGAUGGAGAAGAAGGGCAAGUUCGACUACAUCCUGCUCGAGACCACUGGCCUGGCCGACCCAGGCAACCUGGCCCCAUUAUUCUGGGUCGACGACGGACUUGCCAGCACGAUCUAUCUCGAUGGCAUUGUGACCCUUGUGGAUGCGAAAAAUAUUAUCCGCAGCCUGGAGGACCCAGCGGGCAAGAUCGAGGAAGGCCACGAGGACCAUGGCCACGGACCCCUUAUGACCACGGCACAUGUGCAGGUAUCGCACGCUGAUGUGGUUGUUAUCAAUAAGUCGGACCUCGUGACCGAGGCCGAGCUCGAGAGUGUGAAGGCAAGAAUACAAUCCAUCAAUGGGCUUGCCAAACUCCAUGUGACGAAGCAAGGAGUUGUUCCGCAGCUGGAAGGUUUCCUGUUAGAUCUCCAUGCCUACGACCAAGUUGAGAGCUUGGACACAGCCAGCAAGGGCCACAGCCACUUAGACCCUACGAUCGCCACCGUCACCGUGGGUGUCCCAGUUCUGCAGCCUGGGCAGCUGGAAAAGAUAGACGGCUGGCUUCGGUCCAUUCUGUGGGAGAGCGAGGCGCCUGGGCAUGGUGUUGGUACGAGCGGAACACUAGAAGUGCAUCGCCUCAAGGCGCGGCUGGUCUUCAGCAAUGGCGAUAUCAAGAUGGUGCAAGGUGUACGAGAAGUCUUUGACAUAGUUGACGGACAGAAGAGCGAGGGAACACCAGCAUCAGGCAAAGUGGUACUCAUUGGACGUGGCGUGAAGCAGGUUGACUGGGACGCGAGUCUGCGCACGUCGCUGGAGAGGCCAUAGAUCCAGAAAGUCACGGUCAAAUUGGUCCACAAGCAAUCAUGUUCUCAAUGCGAAAGAAAAAGAAGUGGUCCGCAAGCGGGC